UCUUGCUGCUGCCAGGUCCAGAGUGUCUCAUGGUCCCUGUACGGCCUCCCAUUGCUGCUGUCUCCAUCGCCACACUCUGCCAUGUGCCACUUUCAGGUCUCCUCACACUGCUGGUGGGAUCCAUUUUGUCAUAGGGUGCUGGCAGAUUACGGGCCUCCCAUUGCUGCUGCCAGGCCCGUAAUCUGCCAUGGGCCCCCGUACCACCUCCUCAUGCUGCUGCCAGGUCCAGAGUGUCUCAUGGGUCCCUGUACGGCCUCCCAUUGCUGCUGUCUCCAUCGCCACACUCUGCCAUGUGCCACUUUCAGGUCUCCUCACACUGCUGGUGGGUUCCAUUUUUGUCAUAGGGUGCUGUAUGGCCUCCCAUUGCUGCUGCCUCCACUGCCACACUGUGGCUCCACACUCUGGUUUUGGCCCCGUGACUGCCCAAAUGAGUGAAGUGUGCGGUGAUUCUAAGAUCGACGGCACUCAUCUGCAUGUCAUACUG